UUUGUCAGUGGUAAUGGCAUUUAAUAUUGCCAAUGGCAAAGUCGUUGGAAUCUGGUAAAUGCAAUGAAGCGUCAAUGAGCGAGUGGUCUGAGUUUGAAGAAGCAUUAGCUUCAGGUGAAGAUAUUACCAUCCUGUUGGGUUUGGAUGAUGAGGAAACUGAUGAUAAAGAAAUGCAUACAAAAAAUAUACUUGAAGAACCGAUGAAAGUCAGAAUAGGAGGUGAAGAGUUCAAGUUGAAAUUAUCAACUCCCAGCUUGGAUGACAUUUUGAUGAAAAAAGAUGCAAAACUGGUAGAAGAAUUCCUUGUCCCUCCACCUUAUGUUCCAUUGUCAGAAGUUCUCCCUUUGAAACAGUCAACUAAGAAUUGAUCAAAUAGAUGAAGAGGAGAUGAUCAUUAUUAAUGAACAGUUAUGCUGUGAACUGGGACAAUGACCAUUGACUGGUUUAUUAAAAUUAUUUAAAUUGAUCUAUUCAUGUGAUGAUAUUUUGAAUAAACAGAAGCAGCCGAAA